AUGGCUUCUCUGCUCUCCGAAGGUCCACCUGCAGGGCCUCGCCAGAAAAAUCUGCUCCCAGCCCAGCCCAGAGCCGCAGAAGCUGAACUUGGCUGGCAAAUUCCUUGCCUGGCCCUGGAUGCUGUGCAGGAACGGAUGCAUGAGAAGAUACAGGAGAACUGGAGGCAGGGUAGCACUGAAAAGCUGUCUGCUUCCACAUUGGAGAAAAGAGGGCUGCAGGAGCAGGAGCGGGGACGGGAAGAGGAAGGAAAGGAGCUGAGAGCGAAGGAGAAAGCCGCAGAAGCCGCAGAAGCCGAAGGAGAAGCCACAGAGGCCCCCACCGUUGAGGCGCCCGGGGAGAAGGCGGGACAGCCGGAGCCGCCCUUCAGGAAGGUGGAGGUGAGCGGGGAGUACCUGGACGGCAAGGCCCCACGCAGGAAGUUGCAGCUACAGACUGAAGGGAACUUGACUCCAGGGAUGGGGAAGAGCCACCAGCAGCUGCUGGGGCGCUGCAGGCCUGCAAAGCUGGCUGGAGGAGCUGGAGGAGCUGGAAGCAGGAGGCAGGGAAGCCCGAGAGCUGAGAACAAGACUCAGGGGAAGCAGGAAAAGCACACAGCCCGUGUGGUGAAGAUGCAGCAGCAGCAAGACCAGCGGCACCAGAACCUGCCUAAGAAGACGAUGGCCAAGUCCGAGUGGCACCUGGAAAAGGCCGGCAGGAAGGGCUGGAUCCUGCCCAGGGCCUGGCCUGCUGUGAGGCCGGCCACUGGGUAUCCUUUCCCACUUGUGGCUGCACUGACAGUGGAGGCUCAAGAGAAUCUCCAAUCCUAUGAUGCUGGACAGUCCCCAGUCUGUGUAGACUCAGGCUCCUCCGUGUAA